UCAUCGCUCUAUUACAACUGGUUACAACAUUAAAUUUGUGAUUGUGACUUCUCAUAACCGAUUUGCAAGACCGAAGUGGUCACAUUCACAAUUUCACAUUAGUUCUCUUGACUUCUCUGUGAACAAAGUUAAGUACUAAAACAAAUUAUUGAAAAUUACAUCUCCGAGAUUUUGACCAUGGUGAUAAUUGACAUCUUCCAGUACUUCAUAGUAUAAUGUCGAAAAAGAGGGUGCGAGGAGAAGACAAUACAAAGUUGAAAAUGGCGGAAGCUGUAAGCACACGCACACGCAGUGCGGGUUCAGGCGAGGGGCAGGGAUGUGAGCUGCAGCAGCAGAAUGGCAGCGACACCAUCUUCUGCAGCUCCAGUCAGACUCUCAAGCUUUCACAGACACUGAUGACGGCGGCGCCGUUCAGCACGGACCCGAUAGCGGUGGCCGAGCGUGAGUGCUGUGCGUACGGGCGAGUGGCGCGCGCGGCGGCCGCGGCGGGCACGGCGGGUCGCCGCGUGCGCGUUUACUCGGAUGGCAUCUACGACAUGUUCCACGAAGGUCACGCGCGCCAGCUGCAACAGGCUAAAACUGCCUUUCCCAACGUCUACCUCAUCGUCGGAGUGUGCAACGACCAGCUGACGCACAGCCGCAAGGGCCGCACGGUGAUGACGGAGGACGAGCGCUACGAGGCCGUCCGCCACUGCCGAUACGUCGACGAGGUGGUGCGCGACGCGCCUUGGGAGUACGAUGAGGCGUUCCUGGAGACGCACAAGAUCGACUUCGUGGCGCACGACGACAUCCCCUACACCACCGAGGACUGCGACGACACAUACGCCAUGAUCAAGGCCAAGGACAUGUUCGUCGCCACCGAGCGCACCGAAGGCGUGUCGACGUCGGACAUCGUGGCGCGGAUCGUGCGCGACUAUGACAUCUACGUGCGGCGCAACCUGGCGCGCGGCUACUCCGCUAAGGAGCUCAACGUGUCCUUCCUCAACGAGAAGAAGUUCCGCCUGCAGAACAAGAUGGACGAGCUCAAGGACAAGGGCAAGAAGGUAAUGACGAACAUUGGCGAGAAGCGCGUCGACAUCCUGACGAAGUGGGAGGAGAAGUCUCGCGAGCUGAUCGACGCGUUCCUGCUGCUGUUCGGGCCGGACGGGCGCCUGUCCAGCAUCUGGAACGAGUCCAAGGGGCGGCUCAUGCAGGCGCUCAGCCAGCCGCCGUCGCCGCGCGCCUCGCCGCCGCCUAGCGAGAACGGCGACGACUCCCAGGACCGCGCGCUCGCGCUCGCCUCCGCCCACGAUGCCGCGCCCGCGCCCGCGCUCGCGCGCGCCCUUGCGCACGCUCGCGCGCACAGAAGCUCGGCAUCGCCGCCGCCACCCAAAUCGCGCCGCUACGAGACGCUGUGGGAGCCGCAAGCAGGUAACUGGAUGCAUCGAGCUCUGAAGGGCUGGGGGCGGAAGCGGCCGCACUCCGCCAGCUGACGGACGACGGCUCGGACAGCGACGAUGACUACCAGGACACCAGCGCCUACCUCUAAGCUCCGCGCUCCGCCACAGCCGCAGCCGCUACCGCCACCGGCACCGAUGUACAUUGUAACUAUAUACAUUGUCGCCAAACCCGCUAGCAAAUCUACUUUGUUACAACGAACACCGUUAUAUCUGUAGAGGAUAGUAUGUUUUCCUGGAAUCACUUGUCUCUUGUUCUGACGGAUGACCCAGUCUCUAAAGGUAACCGGAGUUAGAAAUAGUACCCCCUAGAGUUACAAAAAGUAAAAUGUCUAGUCUAUAGAGUAAAAUGCUGUCACGUUGUAUCAGUAGCAACGUUCCACGUGCCCCUCGUGACUGACACAAGAGUGUCGCCGUCGUACUUGAUCUCAGAGCGGUGAUACUCAAGUACGAAAAUAAAUGAAACGUUUAUAACACAUAUUAGAAAACGCUCACUGACAAAUAUAUUAAAAUACUUUGUUUUGUGUUAUAAACGUCGCAAGAAGCAACACUAGGUUAUUAAAUAUUAUGAAUUAAAAAUAAUAGAUGUCAUAUAGGUACUAAAGAAAAAGAAAUCCCGCCUCGGCUACUAGAGCACUGUAAUUUUUUUCUUUAGUAUUAUGACAUCUGUUUUCAAUUCACAGUAUUCACACCUAUUAGAAAACUUUAAGGGUCCCCGGCAAGCUCGGUUCUCCAUACAAACGUAGUUACGCUCUCAUUUUAAAACGACUAGCUAGUUUGCUCUGAAACUUUGUACUUACAAUAGGAUAAGGUAUAUCUAUGUCUGUAAUUAGUUUAUGUAGCUUCAGAUACCAUAGUUAACAAAAUACAGCGAAUUUCAGUUUUUCAUACAAUAUAUUGUCUUCGGUUACCGUGAUAGUUACUCAUUACUU